CGGGCAGCCCUACUUCGAUGCGUUAGGACAGCAAUUCUUGAUGUUUCUAAAUUAGGGCAGGAGAAGCGAUUACAAGUUCCAAGGAACCUGCUAUUCAGUGAAUACCUGCAAACAGAUCGCAGCUGCUUGCUCUGUCAUGUGUGAGGAAUACGUUGUCAAGCGGACCACAAUGCCUCAGUAUGGAGAAUGUGAAUACUGGGAUGAGAGGUACUCGCGGGAGCCUGCCGCAUUCGAUUGGUACCAGGGCUUUGCGGGACUGUACGCCAUCCUGCGGCAUGUGUUUCCGAUGGACUCCAGGCUCUUGCAGGUUGGCGUGGGCAGCUCUCGGCUGCAGGAGGAGAUGGUUCGUGCUGGCUGGCGCUACAUUGUCAACAUUGACUACAGCAAGGUGGUCAUCUCGCACAUGUCGGAGCUGCACAAGGGGAUGGAGCAGCUGCGCUACCUCGUGGCGGAUGUGAGGAACAUGCCUCAGUUCCCCGACUCCUCCUUCGACGGUGUGAUGGACAAGGGCACGCUGGACGCCAUCCUGUGCGGCGAGCGCAGCGGCCAGCACGCAUCAGCCAUGAUACGCGAGUGCUACAGGGUGCUUAAGCCCGGCGCCUCGCUGAUGCUGGUGACGUACGGCGACCCCUCCAGCCGGCUGCCGUACCUGGCAGAGGUGGUGGGCUGGGACGUCACUGUGUACGCGCUCACCAAGCAGGAGGUGGUGGAGGCGGAGGACGCGGAGCCCGUGGUGCGGCCGCUCAUAAAGGGUCCCUACCCCGCCAGCAACUUGGACUGCAUGGACGCUCUGUCGGGGUUGGAGGGCAUGCACUUUGUCUACAUUUGCCAGAAGCGCGAGGUGAUUGCGGAUGAGGAGUUCCUGAUGCUGCAGCAGCAGGGGACGUCAGCGGGCCUGGAGGAGCAGCGGCAGCAGCAGCAGCAGGGGACGGAGGGGCAGGAGAGCCAGGAGAUUCAGGGAGCUCAGGAGCAGCUGAAGGGCCAGCGGAAGCAGCAGACUGCGGAGGAGCAGUUGCUGUUAGAGAAACUAGAGUUGCAUAAGCGCCAGGGAUCGCCAACGUCGCCGCCGCGAAGGCAGCGGCAAGCGGAUGAGGGGGAGGCGGAACAAUUGCGGGAGUUGCAGGACCAGCAGCAGCACAGGAGAGACGGCCUGCUUCAACCCAU